GAAACAAUCGGCCUCCUCACCUUCUUGGUCGUCGCAGUCUCCAAUUUUCACAGACGGCGGCUUUCGACGAUCUUGAGCUGUGAUUCGCCGAUAACGACAGUGUCAGCAGUCGAGGCCGAUCGCGUUGCUUGGAGAUGUUGUGGAAGAAGUCAAACCGUAGAAUGAUUUUCUCUGCAGGUAUCCUUUUCGCGUGUGGGUGGAAAAAUCAGGGAUGGUGGGGAGGAGGAAUUGGAAUUUUCAUCAUUCUAUAUUCCCAAUUCUGCUUCGAGGCCUGAGAACGAAUUGGGUGGGCUACGAAUUAGCUUCUGCUUCCGAGCCAAGCGAAUACAUUUUACAAACAAUGAACAUUAUCCGUUAUGUUCAUCUUCGGAAAGUGACACACAGAGACAGAUUUCUGCGGAAGAGUGCUGUGAUAUCUGCCAUUGGAAACCGCAUAUGGAGAGAUCUUAUCCAUAAUCCGUUGCAUUUAAUUUUUUCUGUAGAUGUCCUUGGCAUGACAAGCUCCACUUUGGCGUCUCUUAGCAAAGGUUUUGCUGAGCUCUCAACUGAUGGGCAAUUUCUACAGCUUCGUUCAAAGCAGGUGUGGUCACGGAGGAUUACUGGUGUUGGUGAUGGAAUUGUACAAGGAACUGAAGCUCUUGCGCAAGGUUUUGCUUUUGGAGUGUCAGGAGUCGUGAGGAAACCUGUGGAGAGUGCUAGGCAGAAUGGUCUUCUUGGCCUUGCCCAUGGACUUGGACAAGCUUUCCUGGGAUUUUUUGUACAGCCAAUGAGUGGAGCAUUAGAUUUUUUCUCGUUGACUGUUGAUGGAAUCGGUGCAAGUUGCUCCAGGUUCUUAGAGAUUCUAAAUAACAAGAGAGACUUCCAGCGAAUACAGAACCCACGGGUAUUUCAUUCUUACAAUGUACUACGAGAGUACUCGGAGAGAGAAGCACUUGGUCAGAUGAUACUUUACCUUGCAGAAGCAAGUCGGAAUUUUGGAUGUACUGAAAUAUUCAAAGAGCCAUCAAAAUUUGCCUGGUCAGAUUGCUAUGAAGAGCAUUUUGUUGUACCCUAUCACCGGAUUGUCUUAAGUGACUAAUAGGCGAGUCAUGCUGCUGCAGUGUGUGGCCCCUGAUAAGAUGGAUAAGAAGCCCUGCAAGAUAACGUGGGAUGUGCCAUGGGAAGAAGUGAUGGCACUGGAGUUGGCCAAAGCUGGCUACCAUAGCCCUUCUCAUUUAAUUAUCCAUCUGAAAAGCUUUAGGAGAGGUGAAAGCUUCGUUCGAGUGAUAAAGUGCAAUACAGAACAAGUAUCAGAGGAAGGACAGCCACAAGCAGUUAGAGUCUGCUAAGUUGUGCGUAAGAUGUGGAAAGCACACCAGACCUAUAUGAAACAGGUUCCCUCAGGCCAAAGACAUGUAUCUUCUUUGAAUGAAGUUGAUGCAACAGAAUCUCAUAAGCAGCACAGAGCCAUUAUCACAUCAACAACGAUUUCUUCUUCAGGUUCCGUCUCCAAUGAGCAGAGACUUGUAGAACACAGUAUUAAGUUUGCAAGGAUUUGGAGCAGCGAUAAAGAAUCAAAAGGUCGGUGCACAUUGUGCCGAAAACAGGUGAGGGCGUUUAGUUUUUGGAUAUAUAUAUAUAUAUAUUCUAUUCUAAACAUUUUUUGGUACAGCUAGAGUUUGAACAGUGAUGAAAUUUGUAGCAUCUGGCGGCCAGUUUGUCCCGAUGGGUAUGUCUCAAUCAGGGACAUAGCUCGUUCUGGCAGCCAUCCUCCUAAUGUUGCUGCUAUAUAUCGUAAAUCUGAGAUGUUUGCCUUUCCAGUGGGUUAUGACCUGGUCUGGCGAAAUUGUUUAGAUGACUACAGAAGCCCCGUAGCAAUUUGGCAUCCUCGUGCGCCUCAGGGUUAUGUCGCUCUUGGAUGUGUUGCCGUGCCAAGUUUUUCUGAGCCAGAACUCGAUUCUGUGUACUGCAUUACCGAAUCUAUUUGUGAA